AUGGCACCUGUGGCGACCAGUCGCUCUUUCAGGACCCUCCAGAUCCCAGCAGCGCUCGGCUUCGGUUUAAAAGCACGUUACACCCCCAUCGAGAAUGUCCCGACCCUCUUCGACCAUAAAUUCAUCGUCGACCGCUACAGCCCCAAACGCGCUGCCGUUGUCGACUAUUACUCGCGACUGCCCCCUGACAGACUCUCCUGGCGCGUCAUCACCAACAUAAGCUCCAAGCAGAUCAACAAAGCCGUGCUACGCAACCGCCUGAAGCGAAGAUGGGCUAGCGCAUUCGCAGAAGCGCUGAAGAACCAUGGCUACUAUCACAAUGGGAGGAAGCGAAGAGGCCCGAAAGAGGGCAAGAAAUAUAUACCGGGUCUGACGGGCACGCUUGAGAUCCUCAUCUUCUCCGAUCGUGGCAUCACUUGUCCUCACAGCGAACUUGUGGGCGCGUCUCAUGCCUUGGUCAAGUCUUUGGUCCGGAAGGUGCAACAACUGGCACCCAAAGCUGAAUCCAUCCAAGACAACGACGCUCAGGAUGUUGGAGGGAGCAAUAAACGUGCUGGAGGAGUUUCGUCCUCACUUUGGUCUCUCUGGCGAAAACUCCUGUGA